AACAAACUAAACGAAGUAGUAAAAAAUAGUAGGAGCCAAAUCACACUACUCAAUUCUAUUCAAUCCAAUUUCUAGGGUUUUAUCAAAAACAAUUCAAUGAAACUCGCAGGUCUAAAACCAAUCGAGAACGCUCACGAGGAAUCAAUAUGGGCAGCGACGUGGGUACCCGCUACCCAAACCCGACCCGCAUUACUUCUCACAGGGUCACUUGAUGAGACAGUGAAGCUGUGGAGACCCGAGGAGAACGAGAUUAAACAUGAACGAACCAACACCGGUCACUCCCUCGGAGUCGUCUCUGUAGCGGCGCAUCCGUCAGGUGUAAUCGCCGCGUCUGCCUCGCUCGAUAGCUUCGUUAGAGUGUUCGAUGUGGAUACCAAUGCUACUAUUGCUACUCUCGAAUCUCCACCCUCCGAAGUUUGGCAAAUGCAGUUUGAUCCUAAGGGUACCACUCUUGCUGUUGCCGGUGGUGGUAGCGCGACAGUCAAUCUCUGGGACACUGCCACGUGGAAACAGAUUGCUUCUUUAUCUAUUCCCCGUCCAGAUGGACCAAAGCCUUCUGAUAAGAGUAGCAGCAAGAAGUUUGUCUUGUCAGUUGCUUGGAGUCCGGACGGGAGAAGGCUUGCUUGUGGUUCAAUGGACGGGACUAUUUCUGUUUUCGAUGUAGCACGAGCAAAAUUUUUACAUCAUCUGGAAGGCCAUUAUAUGCCUGUGCGAUCUCUUGUAUUUUCUCCUAUAGAUGCUCGGGUGCUCUUCUCUGCAUCAGAUGAUGCUCAUGUUCACAUGUAUGAUUCCGAGGGGAAAACUCUGAUUACGGCAAUGUCAGGUCAUGCAAGCUGGGUAUUGAGCGUUGAUGCAAGCCCUGAUGGAGCAGCUAUUGCAACUGGCUCGAGUGAUAGAACCGUAAGGCUAUGGGAUCUUAACAUGAGGGCUGCUGUGCAGACAAUGAGCAAUCAUUCCGAUCAAGUUUGGGGAGUAGCAUUUCGGCCACAAGCAGAAAGUCGUGCUGGUGGCGGUAACCUUGCUAGUGUAUCCGAUGAUAAGAGCAUAUCACUCUACCAAUACUCGUGAUAUACUUGGUAUGUUGGCAGCAAAAAAUACGAGUCGUCAGAUGUUGUUACAAGAUUUACUGCCUCGGAUGUUAGUUUAUCAAAUUGAUCUCGUAAAAAUAUUCCGUUUAAGAUCAUUCUGCUGUCUGGUUUAUUAAUUUGCUCUCCUCACAACAAUUUGGUAAAUAGAAAGGCCAUUUUUCUUGCGUUU